CUUGGAGGAGAACCGACAAUGAGCUUUAAGCUCUUGAAAACCUUGAUUUAUAAUAAAAUCUAACGAUCGUGCAGAGUUUUGUAUACACUGUAAUAUCAAGAUAUCAUUAUUUGGUGUUUUUGUUCAUCUUGAUUCAAGCUACAUGUGUUUCUAAUGGUGUUUACCUGCGACACUUGGUUUUUGUAACACGAUCCCGAGACCAAUUAUUAACGCAACGUUAGCAACAGUAGGAUUAAAACGACCUUGGUGUGAAAAUCACUAAGUAAAAGUUGGUUCAACGCUAAUAAAGUAAAGAGCUUGUUGUCAUCCCGUCUGAAGAUUUACUCCAACGGUACUUCCAGCAAUCUGGUCGAAUUGCACUCUACAACAGUAAAAUGUCUUCUAAGAUUGUUCAAGAUGCAGUUCAUGGUGUAAUAGAGCUGGAGUCACUAGCUGUUCAGUUGAUCGAUUCUCCUGAAUUUCAGCGUCUUCGAGAAAUAAAGCAAUUAGGUAUUGCUUAUUUUGUUUUUCCAAGUUGUCAACAUUCACGAUUUGAACAUUCGAUUGGUACUUAUCAUAUGGCCAAAAAGCUGCUUGAGACUAUUCACAAUGAUAAAAAUUACUCGGGUCCAGCUUUGAGCUCCUCAGAACAGUUAGCCAUUAGAAUCGCUGCCUUGUGCCAUGAUUUAGGUCAUGGACCUUUUUCUCAUUUAUGGGAAGAGUUCGUCAAAAGGGGCGGGUCAGAAUAUAGUGAAUAUAACCAUGAAACAAUUAGUGGGCAUGUACUUUAUCAAAUUAUUUGUUCAAAACCUACCCUACAAAGUGAAUUAAAUAAUCUUGGCGUUGAUAUGAAUCUCAUACGCAGUCUGAUACUAGGUGAUACUAGUACUGUAUUAUCACAACAGGAUUCAUUGAAGAAUAAAUCAUUUAUUUAUGAGAUUCUCUCCAAUAGUUUAAAUGGUAUGGAUGUUGACAAAUGGGAUUAUCUACUCCGAGAUUGUCUGCAUUCUGGUUUGGGAGCUAGUGGGACUAGUGUGGAUAUUGAUAGAUUUUUAAGAUUUUACCGACCAUUUCUACAUACUGAUAAAGACAAAGGUGACGAGAAUGAAUCAAAAUGUUGGCAUUUAUCAUUUAGAGAUACAGAAUUGGAAAAUUUGCUUCGAACAUUCAGUUUACGACAGCAUCUUCAUCAAAAAGUUUAUCAACAUAAAACAGUGACAGCUAUUUCUGCUAUGAUUAUUGAUGCUCUUGAAUUAAUAGAACCUGUACUUAAUCUUCGAUCCAUUAGCAUGAACGCAUUAAAAUAUCAGAAUCCAGAUAGUUUGAAUGAUUUUGUUAAACUCCAUGAUUCACUUUUGUGGGAUGUUUUUUAUGGACGAGGAUCAUUAUCAAGAGUUACUUCGGAAAAUUUUCUUCCUCGAAUUCAACAGGCACAGUCUCUAAUACGUCGUAUUUUAAAUCGAGAUCUGUAUACCUAUAUUGAUAGUGUAUAUGAAAUGACAUACUAUGCACCAAUUGGUGAAAAUAACAGUCACCCACAUUCUUUCAAUCCCAAAAAGCUCCCUAAUUUAAUCAAUGAAGUAGCAACUGAAUCAUUAACAUUACGAUCGAUGGGGUUAGGACUAGGUCCUAGAAAAAGUCUAUGCUAUGAACCAAUUUCAUCUCAUUACAGGACAUUCGGGGUGACGUCAAAUAAUAAAUUACGUGUUAUACGAGCAUACCGUCUUUAUUGGCGCAGGACUAAUUCUCCUUUAAAAUCUGCGAUAUACUGCCCUGUUACAUGCUUAACGGAAGCAUUUAACCAAUGGCAUCAAGAGAUGAUUGAAGAUAGACAUGGUGCAGAAAGUGAUUAGUCUGUUAAUUGGAAAUAGAUACUACGAGAGUGACAGAACAACAAAACCACAUUGUUUUACACACUUAUUCACUAUAAUUCAUUUAUUUUGAUUGUUGCCAAAAUUAUGGUUACAAUAGUUAUUAUUCAUAUUACGUUGCUUCACAAAGUGUUAAAUUUGUAAAUAGUUGAACUGAACUCCGAAAUACACUUUACGAAAAGCCAAA